CGCCGGCAGUGUGGUGAUGGCGUUUGAAGAGGUUUGUCCGGACCGGAUCGAUCUGAUCCACAAAAACUAUCGGAAACUGUGUAACCUGCUGGUGGACGUAGAGGAGUGGGGUCAGGUGGUCAUCAUACACAUGCUAACGCGCUACGCUAGGACGCAGUUCAUCAGCCCAUGGAGAGAGGAUGCUGUAUUUGAUGAGAACAGCGAGAAAACCUUUUAUGAUUCAGAGGAGGAGAGGAGGGUGGAUCAGUCCAAACCCUACAUUAUGGAUCCAGACCACAGACUCCUGCUCCGAAACACUAAACCUCUGUUGCAGAGCCGAAACACUGCAGUUGUGAUGGCAGUUUGUCAGCUCUACUGGCAUUUGGCCCCUAAACAUGAGAUCAGCAUCAUCACCAAGUCCUUGGUGAGGCUUUUGAGGAGCCACAGGGAAGUUCAGUAUGUCGUGUUGCAGAACAUCGCCACCAUGUCAAUUCAAAAGAAGGGGAUGUUUGAACCCUUCAUGAAGAGCUUCUAUGUGAGGUCUACAGAUGCCACACACAUCAAAACACUCAAGUUGGAGAUUUUGACUAACCUGGCUAAUGAAGCAAACAUCUCCACCAUAUUGAGAGAGUUCCAGACUUAUGUGAAGAGUCAGGAUAAGGCUUUUGCGGCAGCCACCAUCCAGGCCAUUGGUCGGUGUGCAACGAACAUCUCUGAAGUGACUGACACCUGCCUGAACGGCCUGGUUCUGCUCCUGUCCAACAGAGACGAGACUGUUGUCGCAGAAAGUGUCGUUGUCAUCAAGAAACUUCUCCAGACUCAACCAUCACAGCACAGUGACAUCAUCAAACACAUGGCCAAACUCUUCGACAACAUCACCGUCCCAAUGGCGAGGGCCAGUAUCCUGUGGCUGAUGGGUGAAUACUGUGAACACGUGCCUAAAAUCGCCCCUGAUGUUCUGAGAAAGAUGGCCAAGUCCUUCACCAGCGAGGAGGACAUUGUCAAACUGCAGACCGUCAACUUGGCUGCCAAACUCUACUUAACCAAUUCCAAACAGACUAAACUGCUGACUCAGUACAUUCUGAAUUUGGCCAAGUACGAUCAGAACUAUGAUAUUAGAGACCGAACGCGGUUCAUCCGUCAGCUGAUUGUGCCAAACGAGAAAAGCGGAGCCUUAAGCAAAUAUGCGCGGCGUAUACUGAUGGCACCCAAACCCGCUCCUGUCCUGCAGUCUGCCUUCAAAGAUCGUGAUCGAUAUCAGCUUGGCACACUCUCUCAUACGCUCAAUUCACAGGCCACCGGGUACCUGGAGCUUUCCGAUUGGCCGGCUGCUGCUCCUGACCAAUCCGUGAGAAAUGUGGAGGUAGUGGAACCGGUGAAAGACUCUGGAGCGCCGUCACUUGGUAAAUCCAAAGCUGGUAAAUCUAAGGAGAAGUUUUACUCUGAUGAGGAGGAAGAAGAAGAGGAGGAUGAGGAAAGCAAUAGUGAAGACAGCAGCAGCAGCAGUGAAGAGUCAGAAAGCGGAUCUGAGAGCGAGGAAAACAGCGAGGAUUCAAACAAGAGCAGUUCCAGCCAAUCAGAGAAGAGCUCCAGUGAAUCAGACGCUGACAAGAAGAAGAAAACUCAGAAAAACAAAAAGAUACAACAGCAGAAACCAGACAAUAAAAAGAGGAAGCAGAAGAAUGGGAAUGCUGGAAAGAGUGAAUCCAGAUCAGAAAGCGAAUCAGGCUCUGGGAGUUCAUCGUCUGAAAGCUCGUCUGAAUCCGGAUCGGAAUCUGGAUCAGAAUUGGAGUCGGAUUUAGACUCAGGAACAGAUCAAAAGAAAAACACAAAGUCUAAACCUGUUCAGUCCAAACCUGUCGUUAAGCAGGUUGAGAAGAAGGAAGUGUCUUUGCUUGAUCUGGAUGAUUUCGCUCCCACAGCAGUGACGACACCCAAAAGCUCCAUCUUGUCUCCUAGUCUCCUGUCUGACCUACAAGGGCUCUCAAUCUCACCCACAUCAGCCUUACAGGCUAGUUACCCAGUGUUUGUGCCGGAAACGUCCCAUGAGCUGCUCCACAGGAUGACGGGUAAAGGUCUGUCCGGCCAGUACCGCUUCACCCGGCAGCCCUGCAUUUAUGACAGCAGCAUGGUGUCCCUGCAGCUGACACUGAGCAACAGUAGUGAGCAGACGCUGGAGAACGUCCACAUCUCCCAGAAGGGCUCCAGCGCACAGAACAUCCACUGCUUUAAUGCUGUCGAGCGUCUGGAGCCGCAGGCAUCAGUAACAGUGUCCAUGGGCGUGAACUUUAAUGACUCCACACAAGCUGCAAACUUCCAGCUCUGCACUAAAGAAGAUGAAUUCAGCGUGUCGAUCCAGCCUGCGGUCGGAGAGUUACUGCUGCCCGUCAGCAUGAGUGAAGCAGACUUUACCAGAGAACAGGGUAAACUGCUGGGUAUGAACGAGUCAUCGACAACAAUCACCAUGACACCGGAAAACGUCUCCAGCCAAUCGGUGAGCAGAAAAGUGGUGUCUGUUGCCAACCUGGGCGUGAUUUCAUCCACUCAAGAAAACAUACACAGGUUUGCAGGUAAGACGGUGAGCUCUUCAUCUCUGGUGUUGGUUUCAGUGACUCUGAAGGAUCCUAAAGCUCAGAUCACAGUAAACACUGAGAAAAGCGUCAUGGGCUCAAUGCUGCUGCGCCAGCUGAAAACUGCCCUGAGCAACAGCGCCACCUAGAAACCACACCUGCAGAACUCCACCUGGCCGACAAUAACACCUGUAAUGAGAAGAUGCUCGCUUUCAGGUCUUCCCUCAGUCUCAGAGGCUUUAUAUGCUCGGAUUUCUUUACAUGUUAAAGUUCAGUGUCAGAUUUCACUGUAUUCAGAAAAGCUCAGUCAUCACAAUUUGGAGAAUCGGUGUGUUCGUUGGCCAGAUUUAAUCACGUUGGAUGUCUGGAUGAUAUUUUGAGCUUGUAGUUUGAUUAAAAACGUGCAAAGCGAUGUGAAGUGCCUUUUCAAAACUGAUGAAUCUAAGUGCCCGACGAGUUACAUUACAGUGAUUAAAAAGAUGUGGGAAAAAGAA